ACUGUAACUCCAGCCCCCACUACAACUGAAACUACAGCCCCCACUACAACUGUAACUGCAGCCCCCACUACAACUGUAACUCCAGCCCCCACUACAACUGAAACUACAGCCCCCACUACAACUGUAACUCCAGCCCCCACUACAACUGUAACUCCAGCCCCCACUACAACUGCAGCCUCAACUACAACUGAAAAUCCAGCCCCCACUACAACUGUAACUCCAGCCCCCACUACAACUGUAACUCCAGCCCCCACUACAACUGAAACUACAGCCCCCACUACAACUGUAACUCCAGCCCCCACUACAACUGUAACUGCAGCCCCCACUACAACUGUAACUCCAGCCCCCACUACAACUGCAGCCUCAACUACAACUGAAACUCCAGCCCCCACUACAACUGUAACUCCAGCCCCCACUACAACUGAAACUACAGCCCCCACUACAACUGUAACUGCAGCCCCCACUACAACUGUAACUCCAGCCCCCACUACAACUGUAACUCCAGCCCCCACUACAACUGCAGCCUCAACUACAACUGAAACUCCAGCCCCCACUACAACUGUAACUCCAGCCCCCACUACAACUGUAACUCCAGCCCCCACUACAACUGACUGCAGCCCCCACUACAACUGUAACUGCAGCCUCGACUACAACUGCAGCCCCCACUACAACUGA